AUGUCUCCUCCGCCAAGGCCUCCCGCCAACGGUUUUGUUACCUUUGUGCGUAAGAUCUAUAAUCCACUCGGCUUCAAAAAGGGUUAUAACUUUACUCUCUUCUUUAUCACUGCCGGUGCCAUGGUGGGCUUCAUCCUCGCCCGCCUAAUGUUUUUCGACUUCAAAGGUAUAUUCUGUAAUCCGGAUCACAGGUCAGGGGCCCUCCCGGGAGAGUGCUACUACUACCAAUCCGGCACGGGGAGGAUUGGCAUCGUCAUGCAUCUAGCUGGUGUGUUGCCCGGUGGUUUCUUGGCCUGCCUCCAGUUCGUUCCCGUCAUCCGCCACAAGGCUAUCCUGUUCCACCGCCUUAACGGAUACCUCGUCCUUCUUCUCAGUAUCGUCGGCAUCAUUGGCGUUUUCAUGAUAGCGCGGCGUACCUUUGGAGGUGGCGUCAGCAUGCAGACGGCCGUGGGCGGAGGCAGCGUCAUGUUCCUCGGAGCGUUGGGGCUUGCUAUUUACAACGUCAAGAAACUCCAGAUCGAACAGCAUCGUGCCUGGAUGCUCAGGGCUUGGGUAUAUGCUGGUUUCAUCAUCACCAUGCGCAUCAUCAGUUUCUUGGCCGCUAGAAUCGUCGCCAAUACUGACCCAACCUACUACGAGGUAAAGCAGUGCGCGGUCUUGGACUUCAUCUUCCGCCACAACCAGACCAAGGUCCUCGGCUUCUAUCCUGACUGUGGAGGCUUUUACUCUGGCGAGUAUCCUGGCUUGAAGGUUCUUGUUCACGCCAAUGUGGACGCCCACCAGCCUGCCGAAAUCGCCGCGGGGUUCGCAGCCGUAUUCGGUGCGGGCUCGUGGCUGGCUCUAGCCAUCCAUGCCAUUCUUGUUGAACUCUACGUGUGUACUGCCCCAUGUGUGCGCAGCUGCAUUUGCAAGAACUAUGCUGACGAGACUUUGAAGCUUCACUUGACCCCGGCAGAAGCGGAACGCCUUCGUCGCAUAUCGUACCAACGCCAGCUCGAGGCGGGAAUGAAGAAUGCUGGCAGUGCUGGCUUGACAGCACAGCGACUGGGCGACGCGGAGCCCUGGACACCGCCGAACGAACUUCGAAGGAUCGAAGAUAGCAGCACACCAAGCUCUGAUGGCGAUAUGAGAGAAAAGCGCGUGAGCUCGCUUCAACAACAGUAG